GGCGGGAGGCGGCGGUGCGGCCCGCUGACAGGGCCCCGCUCCGCGGCACCUACCCCGCGACGCGAGGGGCAAAAAGGGGGGAAGGCUCCGGCCCGCCUCUUACCACAGGGCUGCGGCCGCCGCGGGGCCGCCGGGCGACAGAAACCGGCGCUCCGAGGGCGUCAGUUCCUGGGAGGACCCGGAAGCGGGUUGUGGUGGUGCCGUUGUUGUUGUGGUGGAGGGGUCGCCAUGGUGUGCGAGAAGUGUGAGAAGAAGCUCGGCACUGUGAUCACUCCCGAUACGUGGAAGGAUGGUGCAAGAAACACGACAGAAAGUGGUGGCCGCAAGUUAAAUGAAAACAAAGCAUUGACCUCAAAGAAGGCAAGGUUUGAUCCUUAUGGAAAGAACAAAUUUGCAAUCUGUCGGAUUUGUAAGAGUUCUGUGCAUCAGCCAGGGUCUCACUAUUGUCAAGGAUGUGCCUAUAAAAAAGGCAUCUGCUCAAUGUGUGGCAAGAAGGUCUUGGAUACGAAGAACUACAAGCAAACUUCUGUCUAAUUGUUUUGACUAGUCUUUUUAUAAACUUCUGUGUCUUUGUACAGUAACUUUUCUCUGAAAUCAUUUGUGAAUACUACUUUCUGGAAGGUAAUACAGUUACUUAGAAUGAGAUGAGAGGUAAACAGAGUCUGGUGGCCUAGAAAUGUACAUAAUAUUUGUUUUUUCUUGUUUUAGCACUAAUGUUAACUGAUAUUUAAAGGUAAUGGUUUUCAGCAACUGAUACAGUUCAAACUGAAGGAGAAGAUCCUUGUGGAUAGGUUGAAACUAUCAUAACACAGAUCUUGGAGAUUUACACUUUUAUUCUUUGGACGUAUCUUGAGUCUUUGCUUGUCUGAUAGUAAUAUUUUAUAGACGUAUAAAAUACAAGCUUGUAUCACCUCAUUAAAGUAGUACCUUCAUUUACUUCUAUGCUUAUAGGUAUUUAUAAUUCCUCUCACCCCAAACUAGUACAUCCUCCCCUUUAAGUAUUGCUCUGAAGAUUUUAAUGCAAUUGUCCUGUUGAUUUUUAGUUUUUUUCCUGCCUCCAGUAGGGUUGGUUAAAGCACAAAUUGUUAAACUACUGAAAUCUAGUGUGUUACUCUCCCAGUUCUUACUUUGGCAGUAAGACUGAUCAGCUAUUCCCUUGUUAGCCUCUAAGGAGGCUUUACGUACGGCAUCUGGUGGCCCAAGGCAAUAAAAUAAUGAGCAUCAAUUUCUAAUGCCAGCUUUCAGUCUCAUCAUUUCCUAAGUUAGUCCGGCUUUUAAAUACUUGGUUUGAAACUGGCUCUUGAAUUCUAUGAUGUAAUUGCUUACAUACAUGUCAAAUCUGCAAGGUCAAGAUCUCUUCAGCAUUGGUUUGAUAUAAGACUUGAAGUGAGCCUCUGAGCAUGAGGGGUUCAGUGUGGCUCUGCAUUUCUUUUAUCUUUCAGUUAGUUUCUACAUAAGAAAGCAAUUCCUGUUAUGCAGAGUAAUAAGUGUUCACUGUGCAUGCAUAUUAAGGGAAAAGAAUAGUACUCGUAAUUCAUAGACCUAUUUAAGUGUGACUCCUCCCAGCAGUCUCCUCUUGGCAAUCUCUUGUGCUUUUGCAACUUUCUUUCAACUGUAACAAAAAACCUAUCAAUGGGAAUUUCUCUAUUAAUAGAUACUCUGGUUUAGGUUUCCUUUUGUUCUCAAAUCUGUUACUGAGAGAACUGCAUGACUAAUGGAGUCUGAAAAAUCGCUGUUCUUUCUAUGUGUAAGUGGAAGAAAAUAAAGAAUACUGAGGAUAUAGUUACUCUCUUAGCUCCUGCCAUACUGUGAUUAUACUGUAAGUAGCCCUCUAAAGGAUUGCCUGACAUUUCCUAUCACCCUUGACUAUCCAUUAUUGAGCAUUUGUCACCAAAGUUUCUUGUGCCGAAUGUGUUGACGUUUUGACAUCCUGCAGUUGCUAAAAUGGUAAUUCUUUUCAGCACUUGAUAUUUACUAAGAAGCUUUGUCAGGAUACUGGAGUGAGCUGGGUCCCCCAAAAGAGAGGAAUGCUGCUGCUUUUCAUUUUAAAAGCUUCACCUACCUUAACAGUUGAAUGGAGGUAUGAGGAUUACCUAGCUGAUAGCCUACAAAGUUAUUUCCAUAUGGUGGUGGCCGCUCAUUUCCAAACACGUUAAGGAAUUCUAAUAUUAGUGUACCUCUCUAUGGCACAUCCUUUGUGUGGAUGAAAAGAAAAUGUCUAUAAUUGACUUGAAGUAUUGCAGCAAUAUGUCAGCAGUGUCAGGUGGCAGAUUCUCCAGUGUUCUCUGAACUCCUCACCCUUUGUGGGUGUGUUCUAUAAGACUGAUUGAUUUUUGCUAUUCUGUGAAUAAUAAAACUCCUUGUCUUCCUAAAACUUGCCAGUAUCUGUAUUUCAACUGCUUGACUUUGUAAUUCUUGACUCUGUGGCAUGAAUUGAAUGUUUAUUGCACUCUGUAAAUAUUGGCACUGAAUGAACUCUUACCUCAUUUUGUAAAUGAUUUAAGAACAACAGGGAUUUAAAUAAUAUGAUCCUUUGUUCAUAAAUAUUUUGUGACUAGAGCUUGUAUGCAUCUGUAUCCUAUUACUGGGCAGCUGCUUUUGUAUGUUAGAAUGUAUUUUUAUUGGAAAAAGAGUACACUUUUGGGGUUUGUUUUGUUUAAUAGUGCAUACAAACAGUGGUUGGUUGUUCUGGUGGCUUGUACAUGCUUGGGAGCUUCCAUCUGUAGCUCUCAAACCUUCUUAGCUUUGUGAGAGGUUCAGUUCCUGAGAUCUGUAAAAUUUGCUGAUGCAACAGUCACAUUUCAGAAAAGCCAAUUUUCCAGGCGUUGCUUUGGAGACCCAUUGCUUUAGAUCUGGAUCACAAGCCCUCUCCUGCACCUCUGAGAUGCGCCACAGUUCAAGGCAAAGUUCUUGGUAAAGAAGCACUUAAAGUUAGCUUUUAAACUUGGAUACUCCUUCAGUGUAUUGAAUCGUCAUAUAAAAGCAUUUUUGUUGAUAACUAAAAAUGUCUUGUUUGCAUGAGAUGCCUUUCAUGAGACAUUGUGCAGUGAAAAACAAAAUCUGUAAUGGAAAGUUGCCAUUUUUGUUGAAUGUACUGAAAAGAACACAUUAAUGUUCCCAGAUGAGACAGAUGAUCAGGCUGUCCUUUAAAUCACAGGUUACAUAAGACAUUUGUGCUGCCAAAUUUAGUAGGAUUAGAAUUUUCCUCAGUAGCGCUGACUUCCUAUACUGUACUUGCUGUUUCUGCAUGUUCAUUGGCCAGAGCUAUUCCUGAGCUAAGUAUAAGCAACAUUUUGAUGCAGAUUACAGAGAGAAAAGAACAGAUUAACUAUAAAAAUAUUACUGUGCCUGUAGCAGCUGGUCAUAUGAACCUUGAAUAGGGGCUGUGGAAGGGUCCUUGUGUCAGGGUGUUCUCACAUUCAUGUUGUUGUUUUUAUUUUGUUAGGUGGUUUUGGUUGGUUGGGUUUGGUUUUUCGUUUGUUUGUUUCAUUUGUUUUGUUUUUGUUAAACUGUUCCUUCUGCUGGAAGCAGGAGAAAGGACCAUCCAGGACAGUCAUUCAGCAAUACUGUUCCAAGGCAUUAGGACUAUUUUAAUUGUUCACAUGUAGAAAUGUGGCAGGUUUUCUCCCCUCUUAGGUUUAUUCUGUUUAUUAUCAGUAGGAUAACAAGAAAGACUUCGUCUUAUAUACAGGGAUGUCACUGACCACUUUGCAUUCAGUUUUUCUUGAGAAUGUCCUAGACUUGCACCAAAAUAUCUUAUUCAGCAAAAUAAAAGAUCUAGAGGUUUCAGAGGGUAAGUCUGUUGCACCUAUGUGCUUGUUCUGGUAUCCCUCCUAUCAUCAGCUCAUCUCUCCACAGUGCCUCAGAUUGCACAAAUACUCCAGUGCUGUAUCAGCUGAGCAUCACUCUACCCAGAGACACUUAGGCCAGGACUCUCUGCCAAUCUCGACAAAUUCUGGGCAAGAAUGACUUGGUGCCUUUAUGUUGUCAGUGGACAUAAGAGUUAUGUGCAAAACAUUAAAAACCAAUAAAGAGCUGCUUGAAGUACUGCAAUGAA